AUGCUAGAAGCUCACAUCACUCAGAGAAUUAUGGCCAAAAUUUUCAAACUUGGUGAUCAAAUUGUUGUUGCAGAAGUGGUUCUGGAGGACGAAUUUGAAGAUGAUGGCAGUGGCCUUCUUGAUGAGUUCAAGGUGGACAUAAGAGGUAGUACGGAAGCCCAUCCUGAGCCAGUUACUGAGAAGCGUACACAAGAAGACCUUCAAGGUUGGCAUUGGAGAGAAAGGAUGAAGAAGAUAAACAGGGCUGGCCAGCACAAAAAAAAAGGGGGAGGGGGGCAGAAAUGCUUCACCAUUGCUUACAGUUUACAAGGUGGCUGGCUCCUGGCGACUCUCCUCUGCCUCAGCCUGGCCGACUUGGCAGCGACCUCGCCGCUGCCUUCCUCCUGGCCCAAUCUGAAUGACUGCCUGAAUGUUUCCAAAUCCCUGGUAACCGCCGCGAGGGAAGCGCUGCACCAGCUGGAGGAGCUUGGCACACUAGGAUUUGAAUGUACCCUUGAAGAGGUUGAUCUUGAAGAUAUCACUAAGAACAAAAUCAACACAAUUAAGGCUUGUAUGUCAGAAGAGUCAAAGACUGAAAAUUGUCCUAAACUGAAAAGAGCUGAUUUUGAUAAGAUUGAGUGCCUGCGAGGUAUCAAUGAAGACCUGAAGGCUUACAAGGCAGAGUUCAAGAAUUUCAAUAACCAGAAGAUACUGGCUGCUAUUGACAAAUUGAUACAGGCUGUGAAAAUUAACAAUGCGAGUGUGGAGCAACCCUCUACAAACAGAGGAUCAGCCUCUUUCAAAGAGAGAAUGAGGUUAUGUAGUGUUCUCCAUGCUUUCACAAUUCGCACUGUGACCAUAACCAAGAUGCUGAACUACUUGAAUUCUCCUGGAAGCUCAUCAUAA